AUGAGCGAACAAGAAGAAAUCAUAGCAGAUCGUGAAUCGCGCAUAGCUGAUAUUGAACAUGAGCCUCACGAUUUCCUUUCACCGAUCAGUGGCUACGAGUCUAUGCCACUUGUUACGUUAGAAAUAGCGGCGGAUGAAUUGAUCGGCUUUAUUCCAACGAUCCACAACUAUGUUUCGAUUGCCAAGCAGAGAUAUCAACACUCUCCGAAUGAUCUAACAAAUGAUGAAGCUGCCGCCAUUACACUUUAUUCCAUGGGAUGGAAACCACGUGACCAAUGCUUGUACUAUGUAUUAAACAGUACUCUGCGUUCGUCAAAUCGAGAACAACUAAAACCAUGGAAUUCCUAUUUGCGGCUUUUUCUCAAUGGACUAUUUCGACUACAAAAUAUAUCCAAGACUGUUUACCGGUGUGUCAAUAAGGAUUUGAGUCAUAAGUAUCCUAUGGGCAAAAUAAUUGUUUGGUGGGGAUUUUCUUUAUGUACAACAGUGUUGAACACUUUCCAGUCAGAGCACUAUUUGAAUCCGUCUCGUCCAAGAACAUUAUUUAUCAUCGAAUCUCAUUCAGGAAAAGAUAUUCGUCAACAUUCAUUUUUUCCGUCAAUAGACGAAUUACUUCUUAUGGCUGGUACAUCAUUUCAAGUGAUCGAUUAUUUACAUCAAGGAAAUCUUCAUAUCAUCCAUCUCAAAGAAAUCGACCCGAUCUAUCCAUUGUUACAACCUGUACCUAUACUUAGCAUUCCGAGAUCAACUAUUUUACUCGCGCCGGACAAGAGUAUUCAACUUUUAUCUGUCACUGCUCGACCUGCUGAACCAAUGUCAACGCACUCCGAGAUGGAACUGAGAUUAAGAAAUCCAAUGCAGAACGUAAGAUCAUUUUCCUUGCAGCCAACAACUGUUCUAUCGGAAUCAGCAAAUCGAACAUCAUCAUCAUUGCAGUUUCGUAACCCAAGAUUAGAAAGAAUUAUUAGUGCAAAACCAAAUAAGUCCCAUCUAUCUCUAAGUUCCAUGGAACUUAUUGAUCAAGAUAUGGAAAUCAUAGCUUGUUGUUUAUCACGAGAUGAUACAAAACUUAUUUCGCUCAAUUUGGAAAACAAUCGAGCUGGAGGCAGCGGUACAAAAUAUUUGAGCCAUGCAUUAAUACAAAAUAAAGUGCUCACUACACUCAACCUUAAAAACAAUCACAUUGAUAUUCAAGGAAUCGAACAAUUGAGUUAUGCUUUGAAACAGAAUACCGCAUUGACAAUGCUUGAUCUUUCCCGAAAUCAAAUCGGCGAUAAUGGCGUGCAAUGUUUAAGUUAUGCACUUAAACAUAAUGCGACACUAAUGUUCCUCAGUUUAACGGAUAACGAUAUCGGAGUUCAAGGGGCACAAUGUUUAAGUGAAGCAUUACAACAAAACACAACUUUGAUCUCGCUUUCUCUUGAACACAAUCAUAUUGGUCAUGAGGGAGUGUCAUAUCUUGCUAAAGCUUUACUAAUCAACGCUACACUUAUGUCCUGUAAUUUAAAACAAAAUCAGAUCAAAGAUGAAGGCAUUCAAAAUUUAAGUCAUACAUUGAGACAAAACUCGGCAAAAAAUAAUCAGAUUACCAGUGAAGGAAUCGAACAGUUCAGUGGCGUUCUGCGUCUUAAUACAGCUCUCUCCGAACUCUAUCUUGAUUUCAAUAAAGUCAAAAACGAAGGUGCCAAAUACCUCAGUAUUGUUCUAAGACAAAACAAGACGCUUGCCAUACUUAGCCUUGCAUCAAAUGAAAUCAAAGAAACGGGUGCAUUGUAUCUUGGUGAAGCUUUAAGAUUCAAUUCGAUACUUACUGUACUCAAUCUUUCUUCGAAUCAAAUUGGAGAAAUCGGAGCGCAAUGCUUGAAGGAUGCUUUGAAGCACAACAACGCACUUACUACAUUGAAUCUGGAAAAUAAUCAAAUUGGUAGUGGCGGAUAUGACACUUGCCGAAAUAAUCGAAAUCGUGCUACAUCGAAUUUGGAUUGCUCCCAAAUUCCGGAUGAAGGAAUUAAACAUCUUAGCGAUGCAUUACGAUGCAACAGUACACUUCAGACACUCAUAUUAACUUCGAAUGAAAUCGGAAAUACUGGUGUUGAACAUUUAAGUUAUGGAUUGCAAUACAAUUCAUCGCUCACUACACUAGUUUUGGCUUUUAAUCGAAUACAACAUGAAGGAGCACAGUAUCUACGCGAUGCUUUACUGAAGAAUCAAACUCUUCGCGUACUUGAUCUUGGAUACAAUGAUAUUAAUGAGCGAGGUAUACAAUAUCUUAAUGGUGCGUUACAACAAAACAAAACACUUACUAUGCUCAAUCUUUGUUGUAAUCACAUUGACGAUAAAGGUGUCCAAUAUCUCUGUGACGCAUUGCGUAAUAAUAAGACUUUGACAAAUCUUAAUCUAGCAAGCAAUAAUAUUGGUGAGAAAGGUGUGAAACUGUUACGCGACGCCUUGCAAUACAAUUCCACACUCAUCACUCUCAACCUCGAAAAUAAUCUAAUCGACAAUAAAUCAGAACAGUAUCUGCUGGAAUUGAAGAAAAUAAACAAAAAAAUGAACAUUUCUUGGUUAUCAAGUGAACUUAUUCAUUUCUCGAAAUAG